AAGAUGUUUUGUGAAUAAAUAAAUAAAUGGUUCCCCGUUGCUCUUGGUUUUUUCUUUUGCACCGACCAAAGUUUGUUCUGUUGUACAAGUGCUUUCAAGAUGGAAACAGAGGAGUGAGGCAGAGUUUACAUGGUUUAAUUGCUCGGUUUGGUCGGCCUACCGACAACGAACGCAGCAUUUUUGCCAGGAGGAAGUCCAGUCCAGGAUUCUCAAAAAGGUUAUUGCAGUUUAUACGUUGGAAGAUGUCAGAGCUAGGGUGGCAAUUAUUACAGAUUUUUCAGGAAAAUAAGUUGGGUUCCCUUUCUUUUGUCUUGUUUAUGGAUAGGAAAGGUCGUACCAGAAAUAAUUGCAAGGAUGAUGAUGGAUUAAUUUGGAUGGGAUGUGUAGCAGUCGGUAGCCGUCCCUCCGUUUUGAUGCCGAUUGGUGAAGAGAUACAGCUGCGGUGGCUGCUUCCAUCUAUUGAUUUCCAAAUCCCAGGGCAAUCCCCUUGGCGUAAAGCCAUCCAGGGACUCAGAAUCAGAUGUUGCUGAAAUAAAAAGGAACUCCAAAAUCUGAAUUCACCCAAGCU